AUGUGUGGGACGUGUUGGAGGGUGGGAUCCCCGCGACUUCCUACACGCUGGAGUGCGUCCCGAGCGAAGUGGGCAGUGCCGAGUGGAUGGGCAGGCAAUUCGGAGUGUCCACGAUGGCCACGUCGGAAUUCGUUGGGUGUUGGUGGUGGACGGCGAGCCAACCUCCUCGCUCACCGGUUCGCUCUGGGUGUGGGUGUGGGUGUGGGUGUGAGUGAGCAGGAAUCUGGUGGGCGAUGGGGUGGGGUCCGUGGCUCCCUACGAAGGUCUGCAGAGUCGACCGGGCUCUCUGGAUCUCUUCCUGUCCAACUGGGCGCAGAACGCCACCGUGGUCUCCGUCACCCAGCCCCUCCGCCUCCGCCUCCGCCUCCGCCUCCGCCUCCGCUUCCUCUUCGCCUACGACGUGACCGGCGCGCUCAUCCGCGCCCACCUCGUCGAUCACGCCUGGUGCGCCGUGGGUCGCGAUGUUUCCACGUUUCCACGAUCCAGACCGAUUUGGCAGUUGCUGAGAGAAAGAGAAAGAGAGAGAAAUGGUUGCGGUGUUUGGUUUGGAAGAUGGAUGGAUGGAUAGAUGGAAUUGUAGAGAUGUGGAAUGGUAGAAUGCAAGAACUUAAGGGAAGCGAAUUUCUCCUGGACAGUUACAUAACGCGUGGUGAAGCAAAGGAAAUCACUAUUGGUGGCUGCAAGUAUAGCCUCCAAUAUUAUCAAGGCGAUCACGAGGAAGAAUACACGUUGACGAAAGAUGGGAAGGUUUGCCUAUUCCAAAAUGGCAUAUUGAAGAUGUGCUUUGAGGUGGAUGCGAACGGGAGCGAAAUCGGCGACUUUACGCGAUUUGAUAAUGGACGUGUCGCAUUUGUGCAAUCCUAUGAUGAAAUCUGGGACAACAAGAAUUUUCAUCGUAUAAUAAACCAUGUCCGAGGCGAGCGGAUGGAAAUCUAUUCGCAUGCGAGUGAUCACCUGAUUUAUCACGGUGAAUUUAAUGAGAAGCGAGAACGAGAAGGAUGGGGCAUCCAAUAUGACGAAAAAACGGGUGUCAUGCUGCUCGAGGGGAUCUGGAAGGAAAACAAGCUGGUGGAGAUCAUCCGCAAGAUUGAAGGAAACAUCAUGACCGAGUUCAAGCGAAGCGGUAACAGCACCAUCGCUUCGAAUCGAAUUCCCCUCUAUGUGGGUGAAUUCGUUUAUGAUGAAUCGAAAGAAUCGUUUCUUCGAAAUGGUCGAGGAUACUGGAUCGAUGAAGAAACUCGGAUUGCUACUCGCGAAGUGGAAUGGAAAGAUGGAGUGGAAGUGAGUGGAAGAGAUCUCUAUGAUGGAUGGUACACUCGAUCCACAACUCCAAAACCCAAACCCAAACCCGCUCCGAUGCCUGUGCCUGCUCCUGCUCCUGCUCCUGCUCCUGCUCCUGCUCCUGCUCCAAAACGCGAAGAACCUGCUCCUCUUCGAUUCAGCGUCACUGGAUCUACAAAAUGGACCGAUGUGAGUUUGCAAGUGACCGAUUUGAAGAUUUCAUCGAAUUGCUGUAACGAUUUGAAUGCAUUGGAUCUGAAUCGAUUCGAGUGGCUACGAUCUAUCGAAAUCGGCGAUGAAUGUUUUGGAUCAGUGCAAACAUUCAAAAUCGAUGGAUUGAAUCGAUUGAAAACGAUCAAAAUCGGAAACAAGUCAUUUACUCAAGUGAAAAGCACUGACGAGUGGGAUUCGAAUAAGGUCAACAACAAAUCGAAAUCAUUCCACAUAUUGAAUUGUGGAUCAUUGGAAUUCAUUCAAAUUGGUGAAUGGAGUUUCGUUGAUUUUGGAGGUGACUUUGAAUUGAAGAAUCUACCACAAUUACAAUCCAUUCAAAUUGGUACCAUUGGGACAAUUGGAAGUAGGUCAGACAAUUUCCGUUAUAGUUCAUUUGUGAUUCGAGGUAUUGAUAUGAUAUUGAAUAUUUGA